AACCCCAAAUUAGGCAUUACAUCAACAAUGGAGAGCACCAAUUCCUCCUCCGGGUCGCAACACCACCCCAACCUCCUACCGGGUUUCCGGUUCCACCCCACCGACGAAGAGCUCGUCGUUCACUACCUCAAGAAGAAAGCCGCCUCCGCUCCUCUACCCGUCAGCAUCAUCGCCGACGUUGAUCUCUAUAAAUUCGAUCCAUGGGAGCUCCCAAGUAAGGCCACGUUUGGGGAGCACGAGUGGUAUUUUUUCACUCCGAGAGACCGGAAGUACCCGAACGGUGCGAGACCGAAUCGGGCUGCGACAUCCGGGUACUGGAAAGCAACGGGUACUGAUAAGCCAAUAUUAACAGCAAAUGGUACACAAAAGGUCGGUGUGAAGAAGGCACUGGUUUUCUAUGGCGGUAAACCCCCAAAAGGGAUUAAAACCAAUUGGAUUAUGCAUGAAUACCGUCUAGUCGACAAUAGUCCCAGCUCAAACCCUGCACCUCCUGAUUUGGGCAACAACAAGAAAGGCUCGUUGAGGCUUGAUGAUUGGGUUUUGUGCCGGAUUUACAAGAAGAACAACACACAGAGACCAAUGGACAGGGACAAAGAUGAUGCUAUGGAGUGUAUGCUUGCAGCACUGCCUACUUGUAGCGCUGAUAGACAGACAAAGAAUAGUAGUAUUAGUACUGCAAGUUAUGGUUCAUUGCUUGAUAAUGAAGAGAAUUUCUUUGGAGGAAUGUUGACAGGAGGAGGAGGAGGAGAUCAAGGAAUGCAAAAUAGCACAACUGUUUCACAAUUAGCCUCUUCAUCAUCGUCGAGGGCUAAUAUGUCCUUGAUUGUUUCGGCCUCUAAUGUGGCUAAGCGCACAUUUGCGUCGCAAUACUGGAAUGAAACUAAGCGAUUCCAUGGUGAUCUUAACAGUUGUGGUGGCACUACUGGGAAUGAAGAGAAUAACAGUUUUGUUUCUUUGCUUAAUCAGAUUCCACAGAGCAGUAAUGGUUUUCAUGCGAAUACGCUUCUUGGAUCUCUUGGCGAUGGUGCGUUGACACCACAGUUUAACCUUACCACCAUGAAUUGGAACUCAUAGUUUGAUAUACAGAUUUAGUUACACAGAAAGUGGGUAUUCAUAUAUAGGAUGAAUACAGAAGCUGAAGACGGAGAAAUUAUUAUGCGGUGAUGAUUCUAGUUACAGGUGAUCAUUGUUGUAUAAGUAUAUAUAUAUAUAUAUAUAUAUAUAUAUAUCUGAUUCUGGCUUUUGCUUUUGACAUCAAGAAUAUAUGAUAUACAUAUACUCUCAUGAAUUUAAAUACUAUGAAUAUACAGAACCAAACAACUGAAUUUCAACAGAUGUUCUGGUCUUUUAUUGUUUGUUUUU